CUAACACGAAGCACCCGCCCAUCUGGACUUGCGCACAGACAGAGAAAGCCGAGUGUGGACAGCGAGAGGGAGAGAGAUACAAAUAGACUUGGUGCCGGGGAGCUGUGAGAUGCCGCAACCACGGGUGCCGGAGACACGCAGAAAAUGGCAGAUUCAAGGAGGAAGGAGCAGAUAGCAUUUCCGAGUCUUCUCCAGAAUCGGUUUGCCAACUGGAUGUCGGACCUGCCGGAGAAGCUCUGGGACGCGUCUCUGUGCAACCUGGCUAUCCCAGGAAGCCAUGACUCGAUGAGUUACUGCUUAGACUUGAGUUCUCCUGUCAAACCUUCAGAGAAGAUUUUAAAGUAUCUGGAUCAUAUCCUGCCCUGCAUCACGCGUCCGGAGAUACACAAAUGGUGUAAGACCCAGGAAUCUGGCGUAACUCAGCAGCUGGAGGAGGGAGUUCGCUUCUUUGAUCUAAGGAUUGCUCAUAAACCAAAUGAUGCAACGGAACAUUUGUACUUUAUUCAUGGGGUCUACACAACCGUAACUGUUCAGGAUGCUUUUAAGGAGUUUGGCGAGUGGUUGGGAUCCCAUCCCAAGGAAGUGGUCAUAUUGGCCUGCAGAUUUGUGGAAGGGAUGGCUGAACAUCUGCAUCGCCAGUUAAUUCAGAAAAUAACAACCACAUUUGGGGCCAAGCUUUGCCCGAAAACCUCCAUUGAACAAGUAACAUUAAGGAAACUGUGGAAGUUGGGUUGUCAAGUCAUCAUAUCCUACGAUUGCUUUAUUGCAAAAGAUUAUCCCGAACUUUGGCCUGGAAUCCCGUAUUGGUGGGCAGAUACAUACCAUGCUAAGUCGCUCGUUCACUAUCUGGAAACCCAGAAACAGGUUGGACGACCAGAUGGCUUCUUUGUUGCUGGCAUGAACCUUACCGAAGAUUGGUGGUACAUUGCAACUCACCUUAACAGUUCUUUGAAGAAACUAACCUUUCCUAAUUAUCCAUAUUUGUGUGACUGGAUUAAGAAGCAAUGUGUGGGGCCAGGAAAGCCCUGUUUUAAUAUCAUUGCAGGGGAUUUUAUCGGAGCUGGCUACCUGGUUCCUGUUGUACUUGAUCUCAAUAGAAAACUGAUUUAAAAUGAAAUGAUGUAUUUAUAUAUUUUUUUAAAAAUCGCA